GUCUCUACCCAGAGGACACUACAACUUUAAGAGACAUAACUUGUUUUUCCUUUCUGCAGGAAAUCACAUGGAGGUGCUCUUGUGCUCACAUGACAGUCCGAGCCAUGGCAGCGGAGAUCAAUGAAGGUUCAGUCCCUGCGUAUUAUAGGGAAGUUUAUGAUGCCAUCUGCUGCAGAACCAGUGGGAGAGUGCAGGUUGAAGUUUUUCAGAAGUUACUUCACAGGACCAAUCUGCCCAAAGAGGCUCUCAACCAGAUUGCCGAGCACGUAGAGUCCACACAUGGAUUCCUGAGCAAGCUGUCCUUCUACAAAGCUCUCGCCUUGAUUGCUCUGGCUCAGCAAGGAAAGCAGCCCCGCCCCAAACUUUUGGAGAACUGCAUACAGGAGCUGCCAAAGCCUCAGCUCGGUGACCCCAAAGACCUGAGCGCUCUGAGGAUGCAGCCAGCUCAGGAGGAUGUGCUGACCAUUUCCCAGACUCUGGACAAACUUUUGGAGAGAGAUAAAGUCCAGGUGGAGCUCAUACCCGAGAAGAAGGGCCUUUUCCUCAAACAUGUAGAGUAUCAGGUCACAAGCCAGCGCUUCAAAAUAUCAGUUUACAGACGUUACAGCGACUUUGAUGUCUUCCACGAGGUUUUGCUCCAAAGAUUUGCAUACAGGGUGGUGCCAGCACUACCGCCUAAAAGGAUGUUAAAGGGAGUCCUGACCUCUGUCUCUGAGCGGGAGUUCAUUGAAGGAAGAAGACGAGCUCUUGGCAGAUUUAUUAACUUGGUGGCUUGCCAUCCCUUCUUCUCCGUGGACGAGCUGGUCAAGACAUUCCUCACCUUCAGUGGCUCUGAUGUCCAGACCAGGCUGCGUGACACUUACAAGAAAAUGGGCGAUGAGUUCAUGACCAACAGAAUCGCAACUCUGGCUAAGGAAUAUCUCCCAGCAGACAUUCAGGCUCAGUUUUCAACAAGCAGGGAGCUGAUCAGGAAUAUUCACAACAGCUUCCAGCGGCUGCGGGACAGAGCGGAGAAGAUGGCCGAGCGCUCACAGGAGAACGCCACGGACCUGCUUUUGUUUGGCCAGGAGCUCAGCACUCUGGGCUCGGAGACUUCCCCCCUUCCCCCCCUGGCCCCCACACAAAGCACUUGGGGGGCUUUGUGUGAGUCUUUUAAGAGCCUGUCUGUGGAGUUUGUUGUGCUGUCUGACAAAGCUACUCAGCAGGGCAGAAGAGAGGAGGAUGAUGUUGUAGAAAAACUGAACUUCUUCUUAGAUUUGCUGCAGUCCUACAGGGAUCUCUGUGAGCGACAUGAAAAGGGCGUCCUCCAUGAGCAUCAAAGGGCUCUUCAGAAGUACGGCGUGAUGAAGAGGCAGAUGAUGAGCGCCACUGUGCAGUCCAAGGAGCACGCCACAGUGGAACAGCUGGAAUCACGAAUCGUUCAGCAAGAAAGUGCCAUUCAAACCAUGGAGCUGCGCAACUACUUCUCCCUGUUCUGCCUUCAUCAAGAGACGCAGCUUAUCUUCACUUGCCUUCCAAUUACUUCCCACAUUCUCGGGGCUUUUGUUAGCUCACAGGUCCAAGGACACAAAGAGAUGGGAGAAGUCUGGAAUGAACUCCAGCCCAAACUGGGGUCUCUCUUUGCCAGUAAAAAUGGACUGAAAUCUUCCAUCUGAAACCUUCAUCAUGCUGUGAUGACUAGAAACACUCCCACAUACGUGUAACGCACUUCAUCAAUUCCACUUUUCACUGAAGAUCAUCAUUGGAGUCCUUUGGGCACUAAUUUCCCACAUUUCCUGCAAGAGUCACAAGUAUUUCAUCAUGCGCUCUGGAAUGAGAUCAACAAUUCAGAGUUUGUGACCAUCAGCAGGCCAACAGGGAUCCCCAACGCGGCAUUUAUACAACAUUUUUAUGAAGUACUUGAUUGUGAAUCUGAGUUUGAUACACUAAAAGGAUUAAGAAGACGAACACUGCAAAAAUUGAGUUAUUCACCUGUUUUCUUUAUGCUUGUUGACUAACUUCAGAGUAAUAUAAAGGAUUUUUGCUUCUAAAGUUAUGUAGAUGUUUCUUUUUUUGUGUUAGCUAUUUUUUAAUCUCACUGUGGAAUAUGUGAACUGCAUAAAUCUGCAAAUGUUUUUU